AUAGGUGACUGCUGGCGGUGUGAAGAAGAUGUGGUAGGCUGGGAAAUCUUCAAGUUCUGGACCAUACAGUCUUGGCUUUGUCAGAUUUGUCUUCUUCAGAUUGCACUCAAUAGCCAUCUGUAGGUCAUGUGAAGAGUGUACUCGGAUUUGUCUAAGCAUGAAUCUCUUGAUAGCUGCGAGGCCUUCACUGUAUAUUAUGCUCUGCCUGACUGGAAGGUAUCUGUAGGCCAUGAACAUUUGAUAGAUGUCAUCCGGUUUCAGCAUGAUGAAGUCGUUCCCUUGACAAGUGAAUUCGCUCCCAUCGGUGCGUUGAAGUCUGAAGAUGGAAUUGCAUGGAUUGCUUUCUUUCCGAUGGUUGGUGAAACCGGAACAAAUUUUGCACUUGACUAGUUACCGGUGGCUGGCAAAACUGUGAAGUUUCAUAGUUCCCUUUCGGUGGAUGGUCAAUCCGGAUCCAUUUUGAGUAGCAUGAGCAGUCAUACUGCGAGACUAGUCUACAUCGUUGCAGGGUUAGCGAACAAAAGUGCCUUCAUUGGUCUUUUUGUUCAUGUCUCACCCUAGUGUAGCGUUGAACGCUUUGAUUGUAAUGCUUUGACUUUUGAUUGUUACGUUUCUUGAUACUCUUAUCAAUAAUAAUUAAUUUAUUUGGUUUCAAAAAAAAAUCAAAAAAUGAGCACAUAGCAAAUUUCUUAAACACACACACACAAUAAUAAGUGUCCAUUAAUAACUACUCCCUCGGUCCCGCUAGAAGGUUCCCGCGAACGGUUUACGAUGCUUGACUGACGAUAAAACAACUUAAUCCCUGUUCACACUCUGAUUAUUUUUAGUAAAUAAAAUUAACAUAUUCAGAAACUACAUUAAAACUGCUGCAAAGCCUGAUAAAAAAAUGAAAAUUUGAUAAAAAUUUGAUUUCUAAAGUAAAAGAUUAAAAAUGAUUUAAGUUGAUCAUGAGAAUAGUGGAUGAGAACCUUCUACUGGGAUGGAAGGAGUAUUACCUUUCGAAAUGGAGCCCUUGUACUUACUGUUUGUGGUUUGACAGCAGCUAUAAACACUCCAUGGUGCUUCUAUUCCUGAAACGAGAUUGGGAGAAUGACAAACAAAAUUUUGUAGGAAAAUAAAAGACAUCCUUAGUUGAUAAAUGGAGACUCGUAGGACCGUAGAAUUCCAACUUGAGAGAUUUUAUAUUGGUAAAUUCUAUGGUACCCAUAAGGUACCAUACAUUUGUCCACAUGGACCAAUGAGAAUGUAGCAGUUGAAUUAUUUAAAUCUAAAUUAAAAAUGAUAAAGUGGUGUGGUCCCAUUAAAUUAAUGGUAGGUACGGUACCCCAUUUUUUAGAAAGGUACCGGACUUGUCACCUAUUAUAUUUCUAGACAUCAUAAUCGAUAUUGUGAUAUCUCUGGAUAGUAAACACGUUGUUAGGUUCGGAUUCCGUCUCCGACUCAGCAGGUCUCUAACCACUCUAGCUCACAUACACCACCACACUAGGGAUGACCUCUCCACUCACCAAGUUUUUUCUCCUACCACUAAGGUACAUCUCUCAACUCACACACAAAUUAAAGGAAAGGAGAAGGAGAAGAGCAUUGCUCCCUACUCUCAGACUAUUCUCAGGCAGGCUACUCUCAAAGGAAGAAGCAAAGGCUACUAAUAAUAGGCUGACCGACAAAGGACACUCACGGGUGAUGCAAAGACAAAGGAGGAGGACCGCAACAGACAUCUCAAUUUGGGAUCACUCCCAUAAGUCAAAAUAGCCAUAUUAUUGGUUAGGAGAGAUUCAAAAGAAGAGGUAUCAAAGUGAGAGUAAACAUGGGGUGUAAAUACACAAUAAAAUGGAAGGGAGGCCCAAUAACUCCAACACAGGUUAACACAUAAGCUGCAAUGACAUGAAAGAAGGUGAUAUUGAUGCCAUAAAUUCUCCCGCCACUCACAUAUCCAUCGAAGAAGUUGUUCCCAUCUCCAUCGCGGAAGCCACUCCCAUCUCCAUCGAAUCAAAGAAGCCGCUCCCAUCUCCAUCGAAGAAGCAAGUUGCACGUGUUGACCAUCUCUAGCCCUCCAGAAUGGAAGAAACUCAAACAUCAAACAACCAUGUAUUAGGGCAAAGUUCUUUAAAUUCAAAACGUUUGUUAAGGAGAAAGUCAUUAAAGUGGUGGUUGAAUGCUCAAACAUGGUUUAUGACGAUCAAAUUUUGGAUGUUUGUUUCAUUAUCCGCAAGGCGAAGGCGAACACGGGGUAUUCGAUAUAUAAUAGACAAUCAUUCCAAAAGGGAGGGAUAUUUUAAAAGAUUAGUAAACGGACCUGAAUCAAACUGCAUUUCCCAAUUAAGAAUGAGUCAUGCUGCUUUUUUCAAGUUGUGUGAUAUGUUGGUUACAAAAGGUGGGUUGAGACCAACCCGACAUUUGAUAGUAGAAGAACAAGUAGCUAUAUUUUUACUUGUAUUAUCCCAUCAUCACAAAAAUAGAACCUUAAUACUUGACUUUCAAAGAUCCGGGAGAACAAUAAGCAAAUGUUUUUCUACUGUAAUACAUGCGGUGUUACAACUUCAUUCUACUUUGUAUGCUAAACCUCAACCAAUUACGAUGGAAUGUGAAGAUGAUCGAUGGAGAACAUUUCAGAAUUGUGUGGGUGCACUGGAUGGAACCUAUAUUGAUGUUCAUGCAUCACCAAAUGAUCAUAAUCGUUUCCGUUCUCGAAAAGGAAGGAUUGCUACAAAUGUCCUUUAUGUGUGCAAUCCACAAAUGGAGUUCAUAUAUGUGUUUCCUGGAUGGGAGGAUCAGCUGCAGAUGGUAGAGUUUUGCGAGAUGCCCUCACAAGAAGGUUCCGAGUUUCACAAGAGUGUUUACUAUUUGGUUGAUGGAGGUUAUGCUAAUUGUGAAGGAUUUCUUGCCCCUGUAUAGAGGGCAAAUGUACCAUUUGUCAGAAUGGCAAAAUAAUUGUCAUCCGCAAAAUGCGCAUGAGUAUUUUAAUAUGAAGCACUCACAAGCUAGGAAUAUUAUCGAACGUGCAUUUGGAUUACUUAAGAAUCGAUGGGCCAUCUUACGUAGUGCCUCAUGGUAUUCUCUACGUAUGACCUGUCAGAUUAUAGUCGCGUGUGCUCUACUACAUAAUUUCAUUCGACGUGAACAUGAUAUUGAUCCAAUGGAGGAUGAUGAAAUAUAAGAAGAGGAAGAUGUAGAUGAAGAAGAGGAAGAUGAACCUUUUGGGGGGGCUAACUUAAGGCCUACCGAAGCCUGGACUACAUUUCGAGAAGAUUUAGCAACAGACAUGUACAACGCUUGGAUUUGAUGUAUUAUGUAAGGUGACUUUAGAUUUAUUCUAUCAUGUAAGGUGACUUUGGAUUUAAUGUAUUAUGUAAGGUGACUUUGGAUUUAAUGUAUUAUGUAAGGUGACUU